UCCUUCACUAGCUAGCAAGCUACUUCCUCCUAUCCACUUCAAUAAUAAUAAUAAUAAUGGCUACUCAUCCCCAGUUAGUUCUACUUCUUGUAUUUGCAGUAGUACUACUUAUUAUAUCCCUCAACUCUUAUGUUACUGCCCUUAACCUCGGCGUUCAAGCUGCUGAUGGCCUUUCCUUGUCCACAGAAUGCAGCAGAACAUGCGAAUCCAAGUUCUGCGGAGUGGCUCCAUUCUUAAGAUACGGGAAAUAUUGUGGGAUUCUGUACAGCGGAUGCCCAGGGGAGAAGCCCUGCGACGCUCUUGAUGCUUGUUGUAUGCAGCAUGAUGAUUGCAUAGGACAAAAUGGCAACAAUUAUUUAAAUGAAGAAUGCAACAAGAACUUGCUGGGAUGUGCAACAAGGGUCAAAAAAUCAAAGGCUCCGACAUUUAAGGGGAACACUUGCAAUGUUGACGAGGUUACGGACGUUAUUAUUGAUGUUGCCAAAGCUGCCAUUAUUGCUGGAAAAAUUGUUAAGAGUCCUUAGAAUUAAAUGAUUUCUCCAUGUAAAAAUGGAAGGUGCUGAGAUGUAUCAAAAAGAAGUUAAAAGUCUUUAUUGCUAUCUGAAUUCAAUUUUUGACUAUGUCAAAUCAACUUAAUUAGUUAAGUUGUCCGCCAAGGACGUUCUGGUCUAAUGGCAUCAAACCCUUCCCUUUAUAUGGGAGGUGGUGGGUUCGAGUCUCAGUGGAGACAAUACUGACUCUUGUGCUUCAAUAGGUUGAGAAAGUAGUUAUGAACAGAUACUGCAUUGUAAUAGAAUUAGUAGCAUCUAUGUGAAACAACUACCAUUUAU